AUGAAAUUAAUAUUUUUUAUAAUUUUAAUUUUUUCAAUUAGUAUAUCCAAUGGUCUUAAAGAUAAUGAAAGCUGUACAAGUUAUAUUAAUAAUAAAUCAACAUAUAUUCAAAUACCCUGUGGUCAAAGUUUAAAUACAGCAUGCCCAUCUUUUACAUUAGCAAUUGAAUCUUCUACUUCAUAUACAUCGGUUGUAUUUGAUUUAAAUGGAGCAACUAAUACAUUCUUUAAUAUCGAUUGCAAUAGCUCAAAUAAUACAAAUUCCACUAUAAAUGUUAGUGGUAUUACAUUUGUAAAUGGUUAUCAAGAAAAUCAAGCAUCCAUUUUGGUAAAUCAUGGUACUUCAAGUGUUGUAUCAUUCAACAGAUGCGUGUUUAAUAAUGUUACAAGUAAAGGAGGUUUCGAUAUAAACGGUAAAUCAACUAGUAUGGGCGGUGCUCUCUCUUUGUUAAUGUUAUCAACAAUCAAUACUGCAUUUUUACAAAGUUCAAAGGUUUCUUUUAUAUCUUGUACCUAUCAAAAUUCAAACAUAAUUGGUGUAAAGGGUGGCUUUUUAUAUGUAGCUCGUGGUAUUGAUAUAGCGGUAUCUAUCAAUCAGUGUGUAUUCAGGAAUAUAACAGGUGAUGCUGGUGCUAUAAUUUAUACAGUUGGAAACUAUUUAGAACAGACCUACACAAUGUAUAAUACUAUCAUUUCAAAUUGCAAUUUUAAAGAAUCUGCAGUAUACAUGUCGGCUAGUUUUUCUGCGUCCAAUGUUACAUUUACCAAUAAUAUAGGUGGUGGUGUUGGCCUCUAUCUCUCUGGUGCCAAAUUAUAUACCAUUUCAAACUCUAAUUUUACAAAUAAUAGUAAUAUUUCAUCAGUAUAUGUUUCGGCUAGUUAUAUUGGUCCACAAUUUAAAAACUGCAUUUUUUCGAACAAUAGCAAUACAUACUCUAAUAAUAGCAGUGGUUCUAUAACCUUAUCAUCAUCUGGAGCUAUAUUUCAAAGAUGUGAAUUUAAAAACAACAAUGCCAACAACGGUGCAGCAAUCUAUGCCUCUGGUAAAUAUAUUGGUCAAAGUAUCAGUCUUGAAGAUACAUUACUCUCAAGAAAUAAAGCAAUAUACAAUGGUGGCUCAAUUUAUUUAUCAAAUUCAAUUUUAAUAGUAAGUGAAAAUACGACAUUCGAUAAUAAUAUGGCAAAUUUAGGUUCGGUAGUAUUUUGUAAUGGUUCUCAAAUACAAAUUUUCAAUAGCUCAUCAAUUGUUUUUAAUGAUAAUACAGAUUUCUCAACUAAUAAUUCAAAAGAAUCUUCAAAUGGUAUUACAUGCAAGAUUGGUGGUGUUAACAGUUGUUCAAUUAAAGGAAAUUUAGAAAAACUCGAAAUAUAUGGUGUUACUGGCAAUACUAAUAGUGAAGAUUCUGAAAAUAAAGAUUAUGGACUUCCAGCCGCUCUCAAAGCAGUAGUUAUUAUUACAAUAGUUUGUGGAUUUAUUUUGAUAACUUCUUUUUCAAUUUUUUUAGUUAGAAGGUUAAGAGAAAUAAAAAGAUAUAAGCCAAUUGAUUUUUAA